AUUGUCUUACUUGACUAGACCUGAUACACUCAACCGGCGACAGCUAAAGGAAUCUGACUGUCACAUUGCGCUGGCCAGGAGUCAGGGGAAUUACUCGUGGAUUCAGCACUGUGUGGGGCAACGCAUCUUGUCUCCAUUUCGGUGGGAAGAGAGACUUUUAUCGGCAAAGAAAGGAGGAAAAUACCAUGAUGGCUGUCCUUGGCAGCGCCGGUCGCUUGAUACAGUGUGAGUGUGAGAGUGCAGCUGAGUUACCCGGUUUAACGCCGUACACUUGGGGCAAAACUUACACCGUGAUGCGUCGGAGUAAACACCUAUCUUUUGUACGGUUAACGUGGUUUAAUAAUAGAUUUAACUGUGACUAUUGUAUUUCUUGCUGAAACAGAACGUUUGUAAAAACUCAAGGCACGCUGACAUUGGCUGCAUUUCGUAAACCAUCGUUAAGCUAGCGCAGUUAGAGGAAGUAGAUCCCCAUCGAGACUCGCAUUAAGAUCUGUGUGUUGGUUUUAACGCCCAAUUUGACAGCAUCAUACCUUUUAGCGCUUUCUCAGGCAUCGGUUGUGGUGACCAGCACGUUUUCUUGCCGAGGUGGUUGUACUGAAGCCCUAAAUUACUAUAAGGGGAAAUCGCUGUGCUUUUAUUUUGAUAAUUAGCGGAGCCUCUUUAAGCAGCCCUGAGAGGAUUUCCGCUAGUUUAACACAUCCCAACAUUUACUCUUGGUUAUAGUUAAAUGUUAAUGUUAUAUAAUGGACUUAUUCCAGUCUGAUGCUGCUUUUAGUAACAGCCAGGAGAUCAGUUGAUUCAAUACGUAACGUUAUUUGUCUACGGGCCAUGUGUCCACAGCGAGUUUAAACAGAGAGAAACAAUGUCAUUGAGUUACACAAUUCCAAUAUUGUCAACUUGUGUAAUAGCACACACCGUCCUAGCGGCGCCUCGGGGUACUGCAGCUCGGGUUACGAAAGUGAGUCUGACUGUACAAGUCAUAUUAGACUACAUAAUGUGUCUGUGUUUAUGCAAGGAAGUGAACAUAAUUUAAUGCAUUUCUCCUGAAGCUUCUGGUGUUUAUAUAUUUGCCUAUACAUCUGAUUUAUUGAUUCAGGGAUGCUGAUAGUAUCAGCCAAACAGUGAUUGAAUUUACUAAAAUUAAACUGUAGUGUAGUUUUCAUAAGUUGAAAUCGUAUUAGACCCUAGAUUUUACACUUAUUUUAAAAAAGUACACAAAAAAGGACAGAUUUACUCAUAAAAGUGUGCACAAAGUUGGGCAGGAUGCUGUCGGCACGUUUUUCCCUCAAUGCAGUGCACUCAGCAGGAAAUAACAUUGGUGUUGAGAGAUCUCCAGAAAUAUGGGUGGAACUCAACAUACAGUACUGUACAGUAGCCAUGCAUGCAUAUCACAACACAGUAUUUCUGAUCAAUUGUGUGCAUUCUUUGGGGACCAUAAGUUUCUGCAAAAUUGUUUUGCAAUGUAUCCUACAUGACAAAUGAUGAAUAUCUCUUCUUUUUUUUUCCCUGAACAUGUGAAAGGAGACAUGAAAAUUUCAACAGCAAAUAACGUAAUAAAUGUUUUUCUCUUUUAGUUGCCAGGAGCGGCGUCAGUCUGAGUUUGAGGAGACGCUCCACUGCUGCUGCUUUGGCUCAGACUCCAGACACACAGGAGAACAGGUGAUACUCACAGAGCACCUUUUUUUUUUUUUUACACUCAACAGGUGUUAUUCUGUGUGAAUACGCAUUAGAAACCCGACACAAUCAGACUGUGUGCUGUCGGGGAAAACCUCCAGCAUGUGUAUCUGACAGUUUCCUUUCUUGGCCUGUUUUUGUGCAUAAAAAGUCAUGUGACGGCCUUUCAGAGUUUUCUCCACAACAAUAGACAAUCCACACAUUAUGUGCUGCUUACGAAAACAGGUUGUGUUUUCUUGAAUCAGAUGUUUCCUUCCUUGACCCCAAACACUUGCAGAGCAGGUUUUCCAUUUCAAUGUAGAGCCUGCGCAGUAAGGCUGCACCAAGAAACUCAUUCUAAAAAUAGCGACAGGAUUUUAAUUAUUAGUGAAACAAUUUGGAGAUUUUCCAGGUAGAAUAUUAUCUCUUUCUGUGGCUGUUAAAGGUGGUUUGUUAGUCAUUUUAUUCCUUCAGCAAACUCUGUGUCAUUUUAAUUUGUUCGUUUUCAAAGGAGCAACCAAACCGACUCUUGGAAACGGCAAUAAAUAGCAUUUCACACAUAGGCUGUAUAUAGAAUGAACACCGUCUGUCUCCUCUCUUGGUGAAGCCAUCGCAAGAACAGCCCCCUCUGGUGACGGGCUGCAGUAUAGGUCAUAAACCCCGCCUCCUCCAGCAAUCCCUAUGAAGCUGUGGACAAACUUUAGAAAUUUAUUACACAGAAUAUAAUUUUUUUCCCCCCUGGUUACGAUGUUGACAUGUAGUUACUGUAAGACUGGUUUGUGCUCAAGUUCUCUUUUUUUCUGUGCAGCUCCGUUUUUAAAAGUUAUCAGGGGUUUCAUGUUUUCUAUGAUUGACACUUGAUACAGCCUAGGGAAGAUUGCGUAGCUCACCUGGGGGAUACACUGUUUAAGCCGAGCGUCAUCAUAGUGACUCUCGAUGACUCUCCCGCCAAAUGCAUACAACGCUACUGCGCAAUGUUGGUCUCAGAAAAUGGAGAAAAAACCCAGAAAUACCGAGAGCUUUUUGGCUUCAAACUUGUGUGCUGGCGGAAGGCAGAACCAAGUUGUCCAUAGCAUAUACAGUCUAUGAUUUUACAGCUUUCUGAUAUUUAUGGACUGAUUAAUACUUUAAUAACUUGAAAAGACAUUGCAGAUUAAUAGAUUAAAAAAGGAGUUUAGUUUGAGUUCUGAUGCAUUGUGUAGUUGCAGUGAAAGUAUCUGAAUAUCUAGUCUUUAAACUGACAAGUAUACCGUAAAACAACAACCUGAUCUUCCAGUUGAGAACGUCUUUUGUGUGAAUGGGUUAUUAAAAAGCUUUGAAGUGACAGUGAUGGGAGCAGUCAGCAUACAUGUCCUGACUUCACCUCCUCUUUGCCUUUCAAUAAUAUGUAACUGGAUCUCUUCCAGCAGUCUGUUGGAGGCCUCUACUCUCUGUUGAACUCUUCUCAGAAAUGAUCCUCACUGACUCUGUGCUCUCGGCUCUUAUCGGUCUUUUAGAGAUGGCAGUCAAACUGUAGUCAUGAAUGAGACAGCAGAUUCUUCUGGUGCAUUCAAGGCUCCAAAUGUUUGCUGUAGCCGUCACUGCACAACGAUCAGUAGUACACAGCUGAGAGAAGUACAACCAGGACUUUCUGACCACUUGAUACUAGCUGGCAACAGUUGGCUUUACUAGCUGAUGGAACAAGCUCAGAUUUUUGUACUUGGGCCAGUUUUAGCUGAGGGUACAGGGUUCUUACACAUGCUGUUUGACUUCAUGGUAAUGUCAGUUGCACUGUAUAUUCACAUGAUCUGAAAAGAUGAUGUCAGACUUAGAUUAACUGCCAGAGUUAGCAGGGGUACAGGGGGCAAAAGUGAGAGUAGGGGUCCUUCCCUGAAAAUGUUCCACGUUAUGUUUACAUAAUCAUAAUAGUUAAAAUUAUUGUCUUUACUACAGGCAGACUAGCUGAAAAUAAACUCACUCUGUACUCUGACAUAUUAUUACUAUUAAAGCUACAGCUGUGAUGAACCGUGUCAUUAUAACCAUCAUGGUGUUGUAGUUAGGGGUGUCCUGAUACAACUUUUUUACUUACGAUACAAUACCGAUAUUAUAGCCUUCAGUAUCGGCCCAUACCGAUACUAAUCCAAUAUUGGCACAAGCUUGUGCAUGACAAGUUUUGCACUCAGCGGCAAUGUAUUUUCGGACUUUAACGAAAAAUACUGCCAUACUGCCGACAUCACUCCUACUCCUUGCUACUUUGUUAGAACUUAAGUACACACAUUGUUGUGAUCACAUGGGCUCUACAUGCUGGAUUCAGGGGCUACUAGCUAGAGGUGCUGGAGUGGAGUCCGAUAUAAUCCGAUAUUUGUUUUUUGGCUGGUAUCGGACCGAUAUCCGAUACUGAUAUCGUAUCAGGACAUCCCUAGUUGUAGUAACUGUUCUGCUCUCAUGUUGACCUCCUCGACAUCCUUGCCCUCCUGAUGAUCAUCCCCGUCACUCCUCCCCCACAGCUCUGAACUGAUCAUUGACAUAGAAAACAAAUCUUUAAACAAAUCUUCCUGCAAUAGAACAAGUACUUAAUACAUUUAUUGAUUCAGAAAUCAUAUACGUAUGUUAUAAAAAUAAGAUGGAAGUACAAAUGAAACAUUUUCAUCAAAUCUAAAAUAAUCUGGUGGGACACAUGCCUCGCCUAAUUUCAAGGAUAUAAAAAAUCAAUACUGGAAUAACUCAUAAUACCGAGAUUAUGGGCUUGCAUUAGUAUUUAAAGGUCAAAUGCAUAAAUAUCACAGACGGUUCAGUGGAUGUUUGAUAUCAGUGAUUGAUCAUGAAUCUCUUUUGCCCGCAGGAAACCUAAAACCGGCAUCUUGAUGCUGAACAUGGGAGGACCGGAGAAACUAGAAGACGUUCAUGACUUUCUGCUGCGGCUCUUCAUGGACACAGACCUGAUGAAACUCCCUGUACAGAAGUAUGUGUAACACACACACACACGCACUCAUACAGCCAAGAUCAUAUUUUUCAGGACUUUAUUUCUUUGUAAUGUCCUUUAAUAAAACAUAAAUUCAUAUCUGAGAAAUACAAACUUAAAAAGAUUUUUUGUCACUUUUCUGUUUUACUUUGAUCAUUUUUUAUGUGUUUAUUUUCUUUGGUUUUUGAGACACUGACACACACACAGAGUCAAGGAAACCAAAGGAGCAGGUUGUGUCACCUCCCCCUGCUGCAUCUCUUUUCUGUUUCAUAAUAGCCGACGGUAAAUGGCAGAGCCUCUUCUUGUUGCCAAAAGAAAACCCUCUUCAGUUCCUCAUUUCACAUACAUGAAUUACUCUGAUCCUCCUGGACCAGCUGUUGCGAGGAUUUUGAGCCCGUGAAUCCUUAAAAGGAAGAAAUAUGUCUUUUCAUCAGGCUUAUGGCUUUAGCAUUGCUGUGAGUCACGUGCAGUUGAAUUUAAGUGUUUUUCCUCUCCAUAUCUGCCAUGAGAGUGUGCAGUUAUAAUGAGAUAAAGGCUAUUAUUAUCACAUUAUUAUUUUUUUACACAUUCAAUCAUUUAUGAACCACUCACAUUUGUCUGCACUGAACCAAAGAAGAAGGAGGUAAUGAUUCGACCAGAGAUUUUCUUUCGACGGUGAUGUAACAGGAAGAAUUUGAAUGUACUUCUCUGUAUGAGGUUGUGACCAGCUGUACAGAUGCACUGUUGGUUCGGUCUAACAGAUUGGGAAGUAAGGACUGAGAAAACCAGGUCAGAGUGCGACUCUGUGAAGGACAAAUCGAACUCUUUACAGUCAUGAUUACCGCAGAGUGAAUCUUUACAACCCUUUUUAUCAUUCCUGCAGAGUUUUCACAGUUACUGCUGAUCUUUCUCACCAAGUAUGAACUAGGUAUUUUUCAAUCGAGUCUUUAACCUCUGAGUUUUUAAACUUCAUAGAUUGUAUGAAUUUUAUUUGACGUUACCCAGCUCACACACAAUGAAGGCCGUGUUUUAGAUCUUGGUUUAACUUAACCGCGUGUCAGCAAACAUGACCUCAGUUCAGGAUCUUUUUUUUUUUAUUGUGAAUCAUUUUAAGCAACAGGAAAUGUCUGUCUGGAAAGACUCGUCUUACCUUUGAAGUGGCUGUAAUUUUAUUAAUAUUUUCAUAGGUACUCCUCCUGACGUUUAACCCUCUGCCUAUGAUUUUAUUGUCAGCACAUGUCAGUGUGUUAUUCAUUUAUUAUUUUAGUAACCUUUGUUUCCCUUACUUUAUUUCUUAGAUGACGUAAAUGUUAUCCAGCAGUUUUUUUAAUCAUUCUUCUCGUCUUUUACCAAGUUCACCUCCAGUGUUCCCUCAUGAACUCAUGAUCGCCUUUUCUCUACCCCUCAGUCCUGAAUUCAUGGUUAUUUUGUUUUCGUAGUUUGUUCGUUUUCAUUAACCUGGACUAUGACUAAGUUUUUUCCCCCAUGUUAUUUGUUUAUGUAAAGCACUCUCUGCUGCAUUUUGUUCAUUAGAUGAAGUAUAUUAGCAUUAGAUAAAAAAUGCAACUUUGAUGAAACUUUUGGUUGUUCAUCAUCUCCAUGCAGUUAUUUUCAGUCAGAAGAUGAGACCCUGUAGCCUUAUACCUAUUAUUAGGGGUGUCCUGAUACAACUUUUUUUGCUCUGAUAUGAUACCAAUAUCGUAUCCUCCAAUAUUGGCCAAUACCGAUAUUGAUCUGAUAUUAGCACAAACUUGUUUUGCACUCAGCUGCAACAUCUUUUUUGGACUUGAAUGAAAAAUACUGCCACACAGCUGACAUCACUCCAACUCCUUGGUACUUUGGUACACACUGUUGUUGUAGUUGCAUGGGCUCUACAUGCUGGAUCUGGGUGCAGUUAGAUAGAGGUGCCGGAGCGGAGUCUGGAAUGGACAGCUUGUAUUGGAGUGCUAAUUUCUGAGAUUUUAGAUGCAGGCCGAUAUAAUCUGAUAUUCAAUUUUUUUGCUGAUAUCGGACCAAUAUCCGAUAUCAAUGUCGUAUCGGGAUACCCCUACCUAUUAUUAUUGGGAAUUUUCCCUUGUGGGACGAAUAAAGGAGUAUUUUCUCUAUUAUUUCUAACCUGCUGUGAUACAUUGAGGAGUUAAACAGCCUUUCCUUUGCCUUCUAGUAAGCUCGGCCCGUUUAUCGCCAAACGGCGCACACCAAAAAUCCAGGAGCAGUACAGCAAGAUCGGAGGAGGUUCGCCCAUCAAACACUGGACGUCCAUGCAGGGGGAAGGGAUGGUGAAGCUGCUGGACGAGAUGAGUCCUGAGACAGGUGGGACUGUGUGGAUGAAGGUCUCCACAGCAGGCAGGAGGGUCAUCCUGCCUCAGCAGUGCUUCUAAGUUUUCUGUGUGUGUGUUACACUCAGAUAGUGACUCAGUGAAGGAGUGUCUCUGCACACUCCUUCUCACACCUCGCUGAUAACAGCACAAACAGUAUGCAGCUGUUAGAAAACAGAGCCUAUCUCUACCUGCUUGGAUCAUAUAAUCAGUUCUAGGAAUAAUGUUUUAUUCACACAGUUACUCUUCUUAUAAUUCCUUUUUUUUCAGUUAUUGACACCCCUUGUUUCUCCCCCUUUAGCUCCUCACAAGUUCUACAUUGGUUUCCGGUAUGUUCACCCUCUGACGGAAGAAGCGAUUGAGGAGAUGGAGAAAGACGGAGUGGAGAGAGCUGUGGCCUUCACACAGUAUCCUCAGUACAGCUGCUCCACCACAGGUGACAAACACAAGCAGAUAAAGAUGAUUUCCUCUCAAUCACAGAAACAGGAACAGGUUGAUGUUCCACAGUAGACUUCUUCUUAUAAUGACAUCUGACUUGAUGGGUAAAGAAACAAAGCCAAAGAAUCAGAAGAUAAAAAAUACAUUUGUGUCCGUUAAUGUCACCACACCCUAGUGCUGUCCAGCCUGCAGCACUCUGAUAAAGACACACAUACAAGUUUGCUCUUUAAAGAAUAUCAAAGUUUAUAUCAAGUUUUUUUCACACAUGUACAGCACUCCUAAAAAAAUGUACCCAAACUCUCUGAGUGAGCAAACAGCUGAACUGUAACAGUGUAAAAUGCCCAUGAGCUGAUGUGUAAGUGCCGCAUGAAACGUUCAGGAAAGUUCACACAAGCAAGUUUGAAGGGGUGCGAAUGAACCUUCAACUUGACAGAAAACAGAAGAGUUACACAUGAAAAGAUGAAUGAAGCCGUCAAACUUUGCAUCUUGCUCAUCUUGUCCAUAUCCCUUUUAAAUAAUCCCCAACAUUAUCUCUUACAUACAGGUCUUUCACCUUUUAGAUUUCUGCUGUCAAAUAUUAGGGCUAGACGGGAAGUUUUCAGGGGUACAUGUCUGUCCUACAAAGAGGAAGGAAUUGGUCAAAAAAGAAGUCAAGACUAAAUGAAAAGUUGACGACAUCUGUUUCAAUUAUCUGGUUCAACUGAAAAAAAAAUGGACAUAAAAUUUAUGUCUAUAUCUUACAAAAGAGGAUUACGGCCACAAUAAGAGAAAAAGUUCAUCCAUUUUAAGAGUUGAGCCAAAAUUUCUGGAUUAAAGUAGAAAUUUAAAAAAGUUGAAAUUUUGAUUUUAUUCAUGUCGACUUUAAUCUCAAAAUUUCGACUUUAAUCUCAAAAUUGUAAUUUUUUUAAUCUCGAAAUUUUGACAUUAUUCUCGACUUUUUGUAAUCUUGAAAUUUUGACUUUAAUCUCGAAGUUUCAGUUUUUAAUCUCAAAAUUUUGAUUUAAAUGACAUAAUGUUUUUAUUCUUUAAAUCUCGAAAUUACAACUUAAAUCUCCUUCCUGUAAUUAUUGUUUUUUCUCUUCUUGUGGCCCUAAUCCUCUUUGGUAAUAUCUUAAUAAAUCAGACUAUAAACAAGCCAAAAACAAUAAGUGUCAUUACUGCAGUUCUGCUUUGCGAGACAAGAUGGCUGCAAUGCUGCCAUACAAAACGAGGGUGUAUUUACUGCAAAGCCAAACUUAAAUAAACACAGUCACCUCUUCUAACCUUACUUACCUUAUCUACUCUUUCAAUAUUUGUCCAAAAACUUAACAGCAAAUUUCUCACUCUCACUGAUUGUGUUGUGUACAGAGCUUUAUUCCGUUAACAUGUUCUCAGUCUGCUUUGUGUGAAUGAAAACACCAUUUCCUCCAUUUGUAAAGGAGUUAAAACAAUAAGAGUAGAGGAUCUGACUCUGCAGGCUUGUUAUCACGAUGUAUGUGAAUGUCUGGAGCAGUUCCAAAUGCAGACACAGCUUCUCCCUGUUUGACUGUUUCUCCUAUCAGGGCCCCUCACUGAUCAACAGAGCACCGUGGCUGUUUGUUACUCUUAGACAUUUAUCGUACAACUGCGUUUGAUUGUGUGUCAACACAGGCAGCAGUCUGAACGCCAUCUACCGUUACUACAGCAACAGAGGCGAGAGGCCGAAAAUGAACUGGAGUGUCAUCGACCGAUGGCCUACACACCCUCUGCUGGUGGAGGUUAGACACACACACAGACACACACAAUAAACCCAAAGCCCCCCAUCAGGCUCCUUCGACCAGAAAAGGGAACAAGAGCGCAGGUCUUAUCAAAUAAAUUGAUGGGGACAAGAAGUUGUCAUGGAAACUAAUGAGCUCAAAGUUGCCAUGGUUAGUUAUUAUAGCAACCGAGAAGUAUGGCAGUAUUUUUAGGUUGAGCAUGUUUUCCUCAUGGUGAAGAGACAGAAAAUAAGAAACUCUUUGAAAUCUAACAACUCUGUGUGUUUGCGUCUGUGCGCAGUGUUUCGCAGAGCACGUCAGCAACGAGCUGCUGAAGUUUCCAGAAGACAAAAGAGACGACGUGGUCAUUCUGUUCUCGGCACACUCGCUCCCAAUGGCUGUAAGUACCGUGAAGUAUGACUUGUCCUUGUGUAAGAGCCAUCUUUACCCAGGUGCUCCCGGUGAGGGGGAGGGGGUGAGGUGCAGGAUGAAGGACAUGAUAUCAAAAGCGCAGCGAGAUGUUUUCAGCAAGAUAGUGAACAAAAUAACACGACUUGAUGCCAUAAUGAAAAUGUACGUUUAUGUAAAAGCUGUGUGUAAACAGACGGAGCAACUGUCUCUGAGAUUGAUCGCAGGAAAUAUUCACAAUUUAUCCACUUGUGAGAAAAUUAGAUUUUUCCCCCGGCAUUCACUGUAACAAAUGUGUUUCCCCUGACAUAAUGGAUACAGAACACACAACACAGAAACCAGGACAUAACAGGAUACAUGAGCCCACUCUUCCCACUUCCAAGAAAAACAGCAUGUCAACAACUGAUCAGCAUGACAGAAGAUGUUCUCAAGCCAUGUUCACUGGUUUAAACUGUUUUUUAAAUUACCAUGUGGAUAAAUAUCGGACAAGAGGAAGGAGAGCUGAGUGACAUUAUCAACCCGACAAACAUUUUAAUUCACCUUCAGUAACUUCUUGUGGACCACCUUGCUCUUGUUAAAUCACAACUUUCAAUCAAUCAAUCAGCUGUUUUAUGACUGAAAUUAAAGCAGUUAAAGUUGAAUCGCUGCAAAGAUUAAGUGAGAGUUCUGCUGUUGUCUGUGUGUAUCAGGACAGUGAGAGCAUACAGCAUCUUUAGCCAGUUUGUAUGCGUUAAAUUAAACAAAUUAACCUUAAAAUACCACCCUGAUAUCUAUUGACCAAACGUGUUUAGCUGAACCUGAUUAAAAAAGCUGUGUGUGCAAGUUCGAAACAAUAAUUGUGAGUGUCUCUGCUAUACUUACGCCACAACCACUCUUCUAAAAAUCAGUGCACCGCUGCCGCUCCUGCUGCAUAAUUUUCUUUUCCCCUCUCCUUCUUCCUCCUGCUAGUUUCACACAUGCUUUUCCUUCUACUGAAGUUUCGUGGUACGACUUUAAGUCCCGCUGCUGUGUUCUGUGUGCAGGUUGUAAACAGAGGAGACCCGUAUCCUCAGGAAGUUGGAGCUACAGUUCAGAGAGUCAUGGAGAGACUGGGACACUGUAACCCCUACAGACUAGUGUGGCAGUCCCGGGUGAGUACACAGGCCAGCUUCGCACGAUACAAAUACACACAAAAGUACAGACUUUGAACUGUUACUGCAGCCUUAUUAAUAAACCAUUGGGGCCAUCUAGUGGCUGUUUACUUAAACUGAAUAGUAACUUCAGGACUGUUGCGAUUAUCAUUCUGUCUAUAGCAACGCCAAUGAAGUAUUAUAAGCAGUGAACGCUAAGCAUGUAUAAUGAUAUACCUGAACAUAAAGAAAAUACAGUGUCUUUUGAAUUCUGGACCUAAUUAAACAUUAUAUCUCAAUUAUAAAAGUUCAUAAAGAACUCACUCUAUGUAUCAUUGAAUAAAGUUGUACUUUCUUUAAUUCUUUAUUUCAUAAGUGUCUUAUUAAUAUGGACAACAUGUUUGGAGCCCUUAAAGUAACAGCAUUGAAUCAAAUGAUCCUAUAUAACACAUUUGUUAAACGUGUUUUGAUGAACUCGUAGGCAGCGGUUUAUCGGCGAAUCUGGAUGAGCUGAAUUCUUGAUGUGAAAUAGUGCAAAAUAUACAAGAAAAUACAGUAAAUAAAAAAUAAUAAAAUAAUGAAGAAAAGAGAAAUCUGUGCAUGAGAAACCAACAAAAUGUAGAAAAUUAUGGCCCAAGUUUCAGGAGGCUCGAGUUCAUCCAAUCUGAUUAAACUGUUCAAUUUCUGAAACAGAAUUGCUCUCAGGAUGCACAUAUUCCUGCACCUCAGCAUAACGUAUGGGUUAAUUCUGAGCUGUGUGCUGCUCGACACUCUCUGAUUUGGCCCUUUGCCAAUCAUAACCUCAGAUAUCUACUGGCACACACAUGAAUUCAUGAUCAGAAAAGAGUUUGACACCCCAGAAAAUCAAUCUUCCGUGUUUCUUGGGGACUGUCCUGACUUAACUGGACAUCUGAAGUCCAGCUCCUGGUAUUUUAUUGCAUGAGGUGAUAUUGUUUACUUUGAUUCUUUUUGUGGUUAAGUUUUAAAUUAUUCACAAUUUCGAGUUUCGACAGCACUUCAGUCAACUUAAAACCUCUGCAGGAUUCGUUUAAUACAGAGACGGGAAAACUCUUUUUCAUAGUUUGUUGAACUGUGUAACUAAAUCUCUAAACAGUUUACAGAACAGUUUCCUUUAGCCAGUGGGAUCCCAGUGGGGUUCAGGGCUGCUUUACCCACUGUGACCACUAGAUGGAGCCACUUGUCUGUCUUAUAAUGACUGAGCUGUAACACAUCUGGAAACCUUGGAGCUCCUCGUCUCCUGUCACACAGCUGCUGGUGGAGCAAAGCCGGUCAGAAUGAAAAGGGGACGAUUUUGAGGAAUUGUGACCAUCAACAGGAAUCCUCAGAGAAAUCUGAGCAGUAGGGGUCCAGAUUUGGAUUCAGACAACCUGUUGUGUCAUGUUCACCACACUGGACCUAAACUGAUAUCAUGUGCUGUGUUUGGCUGUUCAGGUGGGCCCCAUGGCGUGGCUCGGCCCCCAGACAGACGAUGUGAUCAAAGGUCUUUGUGAACGGGGAAAGAAGAACAUCCUGCUGGUGCCCAUCGCCUUCACCUCCGACCAUAUAGAGACUUUACACGAGCUGGACAUCGAGUAUGGACAGGUGCUUGGGGAGGAGGUGAGGAGGAAAAAGCCCUCAGGCUGCUCUGAUAGAUUCUGUCUGAGCUGUUUAGUGUUAAAUGUGUCACAUGACUCUGUCUGCGUGUGGAGAGGCCUUUGAAUCUCCAGAUAGGAGAGUUGGCUGGGCUCAGAGGCAUAAAAGCGCUCUGUGGAUUGAGUUCAUGGUCUUCAUUUUGCACGAUUUUUAUUUCCUUCUACAGCACUGUAUGUCUUUAUUUUGCAUAUUGGUAUGACGUACAGAACUACACUUUUUUUUUCUUAAACUUCAGGGUGACUGUUGGAAUUAUGCAUCAAAGUUUAAUAUUUCUGUUAUUUAGUUUGCAAAUGAAUUCUCCAGACUCUUUCUGCUCCUCGUCUAAUGGUGUCAGUUUACGUGUUUUUGGUUUUAGAGUGUGAAAAUGUUUGACUCUUGUGCUUCUUCUGUCCCUCUGUUUUCAGUGCGGAGCUGAGAACCUGAGGAGAGCAGAGUCGCUGAAUGGAAACCCUCUUUUUAUGAGGGUAAGUAUCACACACACACACACACACUGAGCUGAAUCAUAAAUCUCAUAUUUUUAACCUGCCUGUUAUGUUUCUUUUUAAGUCCUUUUUAAAACUUGGAUGUUAUAAAGUAGUUCAUGGAUUUAGGUUUUUAUGAUCACUUAUAAUGAAGGUGAGAAAAGACUUAUUUUAAAAAAGGGAAUACAGUAAAUUUCAUGAAUAACUGGAGGAAAAAAAAUCUAUCAGAAGGAAAUAGUUGGGAAAAAGAGGAGGGGUACGUUUCAAGGCAGAUAGCGGUCAAUAUACAAAUACCCCCUUUUCUUAUUUCUUCCUUCUUUUCUUCCUUUGUUCAUUCCUCCUUUCCUUGCCUUUGUCUCUCCCUCGUGUCCUUUCAUACUUCCAUUUCUUCUUUUUGCCCAUUCCACCACUUCCUUCUCUUCAUCCUCAACCCCACAACCUUUCAUACAACAGGCAACUCCUCCAGCUGUAACAGCCCUGUGUGUGUAUUUAUGUGUGUGUGUGUGUGUGAGUGAGUGUGUGUGUGUGUGUGCAGGGUUUAUUAAAGGAAGGGGGCAGAUCAAUGGGAACCUUUAGAGCUGACUACAGUAGAACUGAACCGCCCGGCUGGCUGGCUGGUCAAACCGCAGCGCUCAGAGACCCCUCGCCAGGUCUCUGAGAGUGCGCAUGAGUGUGUGUGUGUGCGUGUGUGUGAGUGUGAGCGUGUGUGUACAAAUCAAUAUCAGAGGAUGAUUAGUUGGUAGUUACUGAAGGAUGGUUUCCUCGGUGUAGUUUUAGUUUCUCACUGAGCUGCAUCAGUCUGCUGCCGUCUGCAAGCCGAAAGGAAAAAAUACAUUCAUCAUAAUUUUUACUGCGGAGCUGCAAAUGUUCUUCAGGCUCCUUCUUCUGAUAAAUCUGUGAUGAAGUAAUCAAUUUACACAAUCAGAUCAAGUCCUCGCCCAGAUGUCUUGCACUUUAUUUUGAUUCAUUGUGAUUCAUGUGAGUCAAACCCUCGUCUGUUUAAAAAGUGAGUUUAAAUGGACAAGACACAUUUCUCAAACUGAGUGUUAUCAAACUCAGCAUAAACAUACAAAUCAAUUAGUACAUCUUCAAAUAAACAUAAUGUAUUUUUUAUCCACAGGUGAUAUCAAAUAAGUAUUAUCAGAUGUCAGUUAGCAGAGAAACUAAUCGUGGUCUGUUGUUAAUUAUAUCUUAAAUCUGUCAGGAGGAUCAGUGAUAAAAGAAAGUCAAUCCUAACAUAUCAUGAACUAGGGCUGGGCGAUAAACCCCACAUUUUCGACACUGACAUUUAUGACAAUAACCAAAUAAAUAAUCGUAAUAAAUAAAAGUUGGUUUCGGAUGUUUAUAGAUAGGCUAUGGUCUCAUGUCCCUUUAAGACGCUGUCCUACAUCAGAGAUGUGACUCGACCCCAUCCAGUCCGUUACAAAGAGGGAAAGACAGGUGAGGAGAUGGAGGACGGUUCAAAAGUUGUAGCGGCUGGAGCGGCAGCUGAAGUAGACGAAGUUAUCGUCCAUUUAUUGUUAUCAAGGUGAACUGCUCAAUAUAUUGUGUUAUUGAUUUGAGGCCAUAUCGCCCAGCCCUAUAUGGGACAAUUUACAUAAAAAAAACACCUCUGCUGACCAAUUUUAAGGAUUUUUAAGUAUGCGGUAACUGUGAAACAGAAGCCUUUUUCUCAUUAGUACCUGUGUGUCUUAAAAGAUAAUUUUUUUUAACAAGGAAAACUUUUUUUGUUUGAGUUUCCCUAUUAGGCGACAAGGGUGGUGGGGAGGGAGAGAUUAGUCUUGGGUACAUGACAGCAGAUGUUCACUGCUGAUGUUUGCAAUGUUGCAAAUAUGACAGUAUACAAAGUAAAUGUCUUCACUGCUCUCUUCUUGAAAGUGAUUCUCAGAUGUUUUUAGGCAUGAAAUGUAAAUCCUAACCUUGCCCUCUCUCUCUGCAUUUCUGGUAUAAUCUUACACACGGUCCCCCCGACUUGACAUAUAAAUUUAAGAAGGUUGUUGGCAGGAAGAAGUCUGUUCAUACAGCCCAUCCUGAAAAAUUAGGGUUGUUUUUGGCCAUUGUUGUAGGACUAAAUACAGCUCUAUUAUGUACACUCAUUAUAGGUCCAAACAUAUGAAUAUACAGUAAAUGUUGCUGUUGAUGAAUAAGGAGUUUCAGUAAUAACAAAUAGAUAUACAGUAGUUACCAUAAUAGUUCUAAUUACAGAAUUUAACAGACCCGACAGAAACAGACUCAGGUGUUCAAAGCCAUCAUCUCUGUCUCAUUACUAAUUACAUACGUGUCCCUCCUCCUGUCCUCCAGGCUCUUGCAGACCUGGUCCAGUCGCACCUGAAGUCCAAUCAACCAUGUUCCCGCCAGCUGACUCUCCGCUGCCCGCUGUGCACCAACCCCACCUGUGGAGAGACCAAGGCCUUCUUCGCCAACCAGACGCUCUCAUAGGAAACUCAGACGCUCUCACAGAAACAUGCUCUCACACACACACACACUUAAGGCCUUCUCCAGUGAAGUAGAAGACUGAGACACAAAUAAGCGCACAAAGUUUCCCCAGAAAGAAUCCCACGCAGAGCUGGCCGAGUAGUUUUUGCAAAUACAUGUGAACAUAGGCCUACCUCUAUGAAAGCAGGGAGGAGUAUAGACUUAAAUAAGGAGCUAUUUUGGACAAUAUAAAGAGUGUUCAGACCAAAAGAAGGUAGCGAAACUCAAAUACGGUGUGGGAAUUGUUCAAGUUGGCAGUUCAAAUAUUGGCCUUGUGCAUCUUGAAACGAUCAGCUGGUGUCUUCUUACAUCCUAAAGUGCCAUCAGACUUUGUCACUUCCAAACUGAACCCAAAAAAAAAAGAUUCAGAUUUUUUUGCCUCUUUGGAAAAAGAUUUCAAAAGCAUGAGCCCAGACGUUUUACACAUGUGCAUCUUUGCCUUGUUAUCUUGGCAACCUUUCAAGCUUCGAUUCCCCAUUAGAACCAAGUAAAGUCUUAAGCAAAAAAAUAGAAAAAUCCUAGAGUAAUCGGUCAAUUCAGCGCUUUUCAAGUGGAGCAGGAAUAUGUGUCAUCCUAUUUGCUCUGUAUUAAAAUCGCUGAAUUGACUGUGUACUCCACGAUUUUUCUCCUUUUUGCUGUGAUUUUCUGUCCAAGACACACUGGUUUGCAAUCGUUUUUAGCUGAAGUGCAGACAUCCCCUUUUGUCAAAAUCUUGAAUUUAGAUUCAUACUGCUGUAGCUGUAUAAAACAGACCCUUUAAAGUGGGCUCAAGUGGCUGUGAUUGAUAUUAUUCCAAGACAACAGCGUUUUGUUUUCAGACAUGCCUGGAAGGGUAGAUGUAACCCAUUGCAAACAUUUGCUCCUCUUUUGGGUCCAAACUCAGCUUCAAGUUGGCGUUACACCGAUAUUACAAACAUCACUUUGUUUCAUUUUGUUCACACUGCCCAUCUUGAAAAACUCGGGAAUCGUAAAUACACAUUAUCUCCCCGAUCAAACUAAAUGUCUGUUUCAGGAUUUGCAGAAACUGUUGAGCUCUGCAGUAACUCCCCACAUCAAAUCAAAGCUACAGGAAGGGAAACGCUUUGCACUAGUUGGAUUUUUAAACAUGGCUCCCUCGCUUACAUUCCAUUCACAGAGCCCCUGCUAAACCCCACGGAGACCCUGUUGCUCCUCUUGCUGGUGCUAAUUGAACAACAGUCGGCUCUGAUAGUAAUCACACAGGGAGGGUCUGGUUGGUUGAUGGUCUCCCUUCCCUUCAGCCUUCCCACCUGUCACUUCCCACAAUUGGCCUACCAGCCAUUGACUGCCCAUCCUGCUGCAAUCCCUGCAAUGUGAUUGGAGGAGGUUCGUGCCCCUUUAAAUGCUGCUGCUGCUGCUUAAUAGCUUGGUACCAGUGAGGGGAGAAAGGCAAUUGCACGGCUACUUUGCUGUUUCUCAGCGCUGAGAUUUAGGUGAAAUCAAAAGUGUGAGUAAUUGUUUCGAUCUUUUUUACAUCAGUUCCGUUUGGAGCUUUGAGAACGUCUGCAACUGCGACAGUAAAACUAGAGGAACAGGUGUCGUCGGAUAGUUUACAAGCUAGGAGAAAAAUGUUUGUUUAAAAAGACAGUAACAUGUUCAUUUUUAUACUCCUCUCUUUGGCUUUUUCCCUCCUGAAACAUUCACCAUCUAUCAGUCUGAGGCUUUCUCUGUUUCAUUACAUGGACUUGAGAACCCUGGUUCUGAUCAGGUUGAUUAAUCCCUGCUUUUGUCAGGGACCAUCAUAUCUUGAUUGUAAAAUCCAGGAUAAGCGCUGAUCUUGGUUUUGAGAAACCUGAUUUUGCUACUUGGAUAGGAUCCUGUGGCUUGUAUAUGUCUGAUCCUUGUUUCUGACAGCUGCUGACAACCUACAGCUUUAGUUAUGUGACAUGAAACAUGGCGGCAGCAACAGGAACAUCGAAGGUUAUCUCUGUGAACUAAAACUAACAAAAUCAUGAAACUAAAAUGUCUUAAACAGUUUCGCUAACUGGAAUAAAAGCAAAAAGAGGCUUCACAAAAACAACUGAUUGUUUGGAAAACUAACACCCUAAAAAAUAUUUAAUAAUGUAUAUCAUCAAAUAAAAUUACAGAGAGAAUGCCCUUCAGUUUUGUCUUUGUCACAUAAACACAACAAACCACAGUGGUCUGAUAGUUUUCAGAUUUCCUCAGUUUGUGGUGGAAAAAACAGGAGAGCAGGUUUCACCAAAUCCAGAUUAUGAUCAAAACCUGGAUCAGGUUCAUAACUGGGAUAUUCAAGUCCAUGUAAACCCUCUCAUUGAGUUAUUUAAACCGUAUCAGUGUAUAGUAGAGAUCCCCGUCCCUGUUGAUGCACUUCUCUCAGAGUGUAGGUAGCAUUGAAGAGUCAAUCAUGCUGGACUUAUCCCUCAAAACCAUCAGUAGUAGCAAGUCAUUUCUUUCUUUCUUUUCUGUUCGCUUCAAUCUUACAGUUUGUAUCUCUUCCCUACACUUUAACCCCUCUGACCACAUUACAGUAAUUUAAUGUGAAAAAUCUGUUUGAAUGCUUCAUUGAGUUUCACAGUCAGGUGCUACACCUCCAGGAAAAUGCUUCGAGUUCACAGGAUUGAUCCAGUCUGGUGACGAGUCCACUUGGACGAGACUCCCUAACAAUGUGUAAAUAUCCUGGAUCCUUAUUUAUGGUUUAUAACUUGACCAUAGAUCCUCUGAUCUCACUCCCACUCUUCUCUUUUUGCUAUGUUAAAACAUAAUGUGCCUUUUACAGUGGCUAACAACAAAAACUGGACUUGUAUGUCUUUGUGUUCAUUUAUUUUACGUGCUUAACCAAAAGCUGACGGGAAAAAUCCUCCAGUUCUCUGAUUCUGCAUGUGCCUGCUGUGAUCUGAGCCAUUGGACGCCCUGUGCGUGUGUGUGUCUGUGUGUGUAUGUGUUAAAAUCCAGGAAAAGAGGGUCCUGACUGAUGUGUCUGAUUUAUGUAUGAGCUAGCUGACUAGAUUUAAGGCUAGCUGAAGUCUGUAAAUUCUGUUGAAGCUCGUUCUUCCUCUGGUGGUUUCGUUGCCAUGUUCUCCUCUUUGCUCUAGCAUAAAAAGACAGGUAACACUACAAAUAGCUGUCCCUAUAGUGGAAGAUGCAGACAAACUUUUCAUUGAAUUAUUGAACAUGUUAGCAAACCAUUCGCUCCUCUCCAGCCUUAACCAUCUACCAAGAUCCGAUCACUUUUGGCCUCCAGAAACCAAGAUUAUGAUAGCUGAAAUGCCAAACGGUCAUUUGAAGCUGGUGCUUUCUUCCUCACCAUAAACAACAUCACUUUUGAAAAGGGAUGGUUUUGAUGCCAAUUAUAGCGAUUAGGAUGUUGUUUCUUUGUGCUCUCUGGUCUCUUAGAUUUUGAGCACAAUUAGCCGAAACAAACUUCUAUAAAACCUUUAAACUGAUUAUCUGUGUAAUUGUGAAAAAGUGAAACAUCCAAGAACAAAACAGUCCCUUCGGUAAAAUCAAAAUGAGCGCAGAGAUGGCUGAACUUUUAUCUCACAGCAGGAAAACAUGCUAACAUCUAAGCUGGGUGGGUUUUUCCUUUACAAACAUGUUUGUUAAUUUAUUUGAAAUGUCCCCAGUGUGUCCGUUUCUACAAGUAUUUGUAGAGUUCCUGCUAUGUGUGUGUGUGUAUGUGUGUGUGUGUGUUAGGUUGGCAACGGAUUGCACACACUUUGUACAUAUAACAGAGAUGUUCAAGCUUACGUUCAUUUUGUUGUUGAAUUUAUUUAUUUAUGUUUUAACACACAAACAUCUCUCUUCACUCUUUGACCUCUGUUUUUUUAUGUUUGAGAGUCACAGUAUUUACAGUGUGAUCACACAUAGCAACCAGUCUUCCUUCAAAAUAGAAUAAAACUCGACUAUUUGCAAGAGCUGAAA